GCUUGUUGACGCCUCGAUCGAUACAUGUUGCCUGGAUACUUCCGCUUUCAAGGGUCGAUCCGAGUUGAGUUGAGUUGAACCUCAAACCACCGUCACUCCACAACAAACGACAGAGAGCAGGAGAGCAUAGAGGAGGGGCACAAUCUUCACCUAAACAUUUCUAGGGGUUCUGGUUGAUCUGAGGGUGCUGAGCACUCGCAUCCAGCAGCAACAUGGGAGAACUCUUCAGAAGUGAAGAGAUGACGCUGGCUCAGCUCUUCCUCCAGUCGGAAGCUGCCUACUGUUGUGUCAGUGAACUGGGGGAGAUCGGGAUGGUGCAGUUUCGUGAUUUAAACCCUGAUGUGAAUGUGUUCCAGCGAAAGUUUGUCAAUGAAGUACGGCGAUGUGAGGAGAUGGAUCGUAAACUGAGAUUUGUGGAGAAAGAAAUUAAGAAGGCCAACAUUCCGAUAGUUGACACAGGAGAGAACCCUGAAGUCCCCUUUCCAAGAGACAUGAUCGACCUAGAGGCCACAUUUGAGAAGCUGGAGAAUGAGCUGAAGGAAAUAAACACCAACCAAGAAGCGCUGAAGAAGAACUUCCUGGAACUGACUGAGCUCAAGCACAUUCUGCGUCGCACGCAGCAGUUUUUUGAUGAGAUGGAGGAUCCCAGUUUACUUGAAGAGUCGUCCACUCUCCUGGACCCCAAUGAGCCGAACAGAGUCGCUCCACUGAGACUGGGAUUUGUCGCAGGAGUCAUUGGCCGGGAACGUAUUCCCACAUUUGAGAGGAUGCUGUGGAGAGUUUGCAGAGGAAAUGUAUUUCUGAGGCAGGCAGAUAUUGAAGAUCCUCUGGAGGACCCAGCUACAGGCGACCAGGUCCACAAGUCUGUCUUCAUCAUAUUUUUCCAGGGAGACCAGCUGAAGAAUAGAGUCAAGAAAAUCUGUGAGGGCUUCAGAGCAACAUUGUACCCGUGUCCAGAAACCCCUCAGGAGAGGAAAGAGAUGCUAGCAGGAGUGAAUGCUCGCAUUGAAGAUCUGCAAAUGGUGCUGAACCAGACUGAGGAUCACAGGCAGAGAGUCCUGCAGGCUGCUGCCAAGACAGUCAGAGUUUGGUUCAUCAAGGUGAGGAAGAUGAAGGCCAUCUACCACACCCUGAACCUCUGCAACAUCGACGUCACUCAGAAGUGUCUGAUCGCUGAGGUGUGGUGUCCUGUCUCCGACCUGGACUCCAUCCAGUUUGCUCUGCGCAGGGGGACGGAGAAGAGCGGCUCCACUGUGCCUUCCAUUCUCAACAGAAUGCAGACUAAACAGACCCCACCCACAUAUAACAAGACAAACAAGUUCACCUCAGGCUUCCAAAACAUUGUGGAUGCUUAUGGCAUCGGCAACUAUCGUGAGAUUAAUCCAGCGCCAUACACCAUCAUCACCUUCCCCUUCCUAUUUGCGGUCAUGUUUGGUGACCUGGGCCAUGGGACACUCAUGACCUGUGCUGCUCUGUACCUUGUGUUGCGAGAGAGCAGGCUGAUGGCCCAGAAGAACGAUAGUGAGAUAUUCAACAUGGUGUUUGCGGGACGUUACAUCAUCCUGCUGAUGGGAAUCUUCUCAAUGUACACCGGCAUCAUUUACAAUGAUUGUUUUUCAAAGUCUCUAAAUGCGUUUGGCUCUGGAUGGAGUGUCAAACCCAUGUUCAUGCCUCAAAGAGGAGGCAACUGGACGUUUGACACACUUAAUGGCAAUUCAGUUUUGCAGCUGGACCCAGUAGUCGAUGGAGUGUUCAAUGGGCCAUACCCCAUUGGCAUCGAUCCAAUUUGGAACAUUGCCGUCAACAAGCUGUCAUUCUUGAACUCCUUCAAGAUGAAAAUGUCUGUUAUCCUGGGAGUCAUCCACAUGCUGUUUGGAGUCUCUCUAAGUCUCUUUAACCAUCUGUAUUUCCAGAAGCCACUGAAUAUCUACUUGGGAUUCAUUCCAGAAAUUAUUUUCAUGGCCAGUCUCUUUGGCUAUCUAGUCAUCCUGAUUUUCUUUAAGUGGGUCUCGUAUGAUGCACGGAGCUCCAGGGAUGCUCCCAGUCUCCUCAUUGCCUUUAUUAACAUGUUCCUCUUCAACUACGAUGACCCCAGUGUCAAACCGCUGUACAGAGGACAGAUGGGUCUGCAAAUAUUCUUGGUGAUAAUUGCCUUGGCAUGUGUUCCCUGUAUGCUAAUAGUAAAAACUCUGGUUCUGCGGAGACAGUAUUUGUGGCGGAAGCAUCUGGGGACACAGAACUUUGGAGGAAUCAGGGUGGGCAAUGGACCCACGGAGGAUGAGGCUGAAAUCAUCCAGCACGAUCAACUCUCACAGCACUCUGAGGAAGAACCUGAGCAUUGCCUUUUGUCACCUGCUUUCAAGGCCCGUGAGGAGGAAGAGUUUAACUUUGGGGAUAUGGCGGUGCAUCAGGCGAUCCACACCAUCGAGUACUGCCUGGGCUGUAUCUCCAACACUGCUUCCUAUCUGAGGCUUUGGGCCCUCAGUCUGGCUCAUGCACAGCUGUCGGAGGUGCUGUGGACCAUGGUGAUGCACCUUGGCCUUUCCACUAAAAGCUUGGCAGGCUUCAUCUUUCUCUCCAUAAUCUUUUGCUCCUUUGCUGUUCUCACAGUUGCCAUUCUUCUUAUUAUGGAAGGCCUGUCUGCCUUCCUGCAUGCACUGCGACUGCACUGGGUGGAGUUCCAAAACAAGUUUUACUCAGGCCAGGGCUUUAAAUUCCUCCCCUUCACCUUCGAAAGCAUCCUGGAUGGGAGGUUUGAAGAUUAAGAUGACUCUUCUCCUGCUCUCAUCUCUUGAGAAUCUGUUUGGUGUUGAAUAGUGAUUUUUGUGUGUGUGUGAUGCAGUUUCCAAUUACUCCAGUAUUACCAUAACUCAAUGAAUGACUCCCCACUCUUCAGACUGCCAUUUCUAUCAUCAUUAUCUAAAAUGUGGAUCUACUCAGAAAUGACCAUUCAUUCAUUCCUCAAAAUAGCCUUGACUGUAAUCUGUUGUCUUGUCUUCGUAAUGUCUUAUUUUACCUGUGUUUUAUUUAGUUUAAUAUUAUUUAUACAAAUCUUUUCCUUUAUAAAACCUACAUUUUUCAAACAAGCAUUCUUCCUUUGUGGGAUUGUUGUACUCUGAAUCAUUAUUAAUGAAUCUGCUAUUUGUCAACUGAUGUUGUCAACCAAUUUAGAGAGUGACUGAAGGGUUUCCUACUUUCUUCUAUGUCUUCUCCAAAGUCUUGCAUACCCAUUGUCUUUGCCUCUCUGAAUUGGCACUGAAUUGAAUUGUUGAGCAUUCAAUAUCUUGUGCACUGAGCAGCUCAUCCGUUUUACUUCAAAAACAACCAGCCACUUUGCAAACUGACCUCACGCACAGAGCUAGAAAGCUCCAAAGGGAAUACAGCUUAACUUGCAGGACGCCAGCCAUUUCAUUGAGAAUGAUGAGAUUGGAGAUGGACGAUAGCAUCCUUCUGACUUUGCCAUAUGUAGCCGUUGCGAUUAUUUACCUGUUCUCUCUGUCGAUCUAAACGGAGGAAAAGAAGGAGAAUGUGUAGGUGUAUAGUAAGUGGAUCUUCUGUAGCAAUCCAGCACACUGAAAUCAUUUGACAGUAUCAGUAUCUUGCUAUUGAUUUUGGUUCCUUUUGCUGAUUUCGUGUAUGUUAAAAUUAUCCUCACACUUACAGAAGGGAGUAAGAAUGGCAUACAGCACACAUGUUCAAAUAGAGUUAAUAUAUCAGAGAUGGUUCAGCACCCCCAUUAAUUGUGCAUCUCUUCAUCAAUAAAGUGGAAAGAGCUGGUUUAA